AUGUCCAGGUCUUCCAAUAUGGUAUCUGCCGACAAAAGUAUUAAAAGUCAUAGUGAUCAUAAUCUAAGUAACACACACCUAGUUUUAACUAGUUUUACAGCGGGUGCGAUCGCUGGUGCUUUGGCAAAAACAACAAUCGCACCCUUAGAUAGGACUAAAAUUUAUUUUCAAGUAGGACAUAAACCUUACUCAACGCGAAAAGCUUUUAAAUUUAUUUUAAAAACCCUACGGACAGAAGGAGUGGUCGCAUUAUGGAGGGGGAACAGCGCUACCAUGGCUCGAAUAAUACCCCACGCCGCAAUUCAAUUUACAGCUCACGAACAAUGGAAAAGAAUACUCAACGUAGAUCACGGAGGGAGCACGCCUGUUCGACUAUUUUUAGCAGGUUCUCUUGCCGGAGCAACAUCACAAUCUAUUACCUACCCACUUGAUCUUGCUAGAGCCAGGAUGGCAGUUACUUCUAGGAUGGAAUACUCGACAUUAAGACAGGUAUUCUUUAAAAUAUAUUAUAUUGAAGGACUGAAAAAUUUUUAUCGAGGAUAUAUACCUACAAUUUUAGGAGUAAUACCAUAUGCUGGAGUCUCAUUCUUUACCUAUGACACUUUAAAAAGGCUGUAUAGAGAACACAUAAAAGACGUGCCAACUCCUCCACCUAUCGCGUCAUUGGCGUUUCGGUGCCGUAGCAGGGAUGUUGGGACAAAGCUUCACUUAUCCUUUGGACAUAGUUCGAAGAAGGAUGCAAACUGAUACUAAUGGACGAUAUCCCACUCUUUGGACAACUCUAACAUAUGUUUAUAAGACUGAAGGCUUGAUAGGUGGUUUGUAUAAAGGUCUUUCGAUGAACUGGAUCAAAGGACCCAUAGCUGUCGGCAUUAGUUUCGCAACUUACGAUAAUACAAAAGAUUUCUUGCGUAAGGGUGUCGUAAAAUAUAAGACGAAAGUAUUACACAUAGAGUAG